AGAUAUCAAUAUUAAACUUAAACUAUUGAUUUAUUUAACUUAAUCUACUUGGUCACUUAACUAGUUUCCUAAACCUAAAUUAAAGCUAGUGAAGGACUAAUUAAUAACCUCGAAGUUAGGCAGUAAACAAAGGACAUACAUGUUUGGAGGGCCACUGAAAUCAAUAAAAUUUCGCUACAGAAAUCAGUGUGCGCCUUUCGUUUCUGUCGUCAACAAACUUCAAAAAUUUCAUGGCGAGUCAGCAAUCUGCCGGCAAGAAGGAUGGAUGCGCUGGUUGCAACAGACCGGAUGAAGCGGACAAUAUGGUCCAAUGCGAUUCGUGCGAUGUGUGGUGGCACUUCAGUUGUGCUGGCGUAUCAGGAUCGAUUACCGAUCGUUCGUGGGUGUGUACCCGGUGCCAGCGGUGCCUCUCUCGUCCCUCAUCAAAGGUUAGUGUCGCCAGUCGAUCUUCGGUGAACUUAGCAGAGGGUAUGGCACGUCUGCAGGAACGACACGAAUUGGAAAGACAGCGAGUAGAAAUAGAAUUAGAAAAGAAAUACAUUCACGAGCAACGGAAGCUGCUGGAAGCUUCAAUUGCGGCCGAAGAGGAGAGACGAAGCCAGGUGAGUCGUACAGAUAGCCGAACGAGGGUCCGAGAUUGGAUCGAAAGCGCGGAUCCGGAAGCAAGCGCAGCAGAAAGUCAAUUGCCAGCCGCUCAAACGAUUCAGCAGCAAAUCUCCAAUCAAAACCAUACUGAUUCAAACGCAGCAGGUGCUAAUAAGGAGCUACCUUCGGGGCUUCCGUCAGGUUUGGACAUCCAACCACACAGUUCUCCCCUUCGAGACAAAAGACAGCUACAGCAUGGCUUUGCGUAG